AUGGACUCCAAAGACAAGGAGAGGCAUCGCAGAAGUACGUCUCUCGAUGAUAGCUCUGAUUUCUCGGCAAUUCCGAAAGUUUCAAAUAGACGUUUGGAUAUGAUUGCAUCCAAUAUUCAAGAAACCACGCAGAAAGAUGUGUCGAUACAGCAGACAUCGCCCUCCUUUUCGAGUUUUUUAGGCAAGCGGGAGGCAGACGCAGAGCUGCAAGAGGACGAGCACGAAGAUGAAGAAAUUGAAGAAUUGAACGCACCUUUGCUUCCGACAGCCGACGAAGGGCAGAUACUUGUGCAGUGUGUAGGAUUAGAGCAGUCCUUCGACUCGUGGGACGACUUUCACCGCUCCAUGGACAAAUACUGCGAGACCACGCAUCAGCCUAUGAGACUACGGACGUCUGACUCAGCAAAAGCUGUCAAUUGUCGAGCUGCUAAGCGAAAUAGCAUGAAAGAGCCAAUUGAUGAGAGCGUCGGAUUUGUCAAAAAGCUUUACUUGUGUACGCAUGGAGUGAAGACGAAACCUCGUGGAAAAGGAAAGCGACCUCGACAGCACUAUCGUUACAUGGGAUGUCCUGCUAUGAUUCGCGCUUGUAUCUCGGAACGCAAGCCUGGCGAUUUUCUCGGACAGGGCAAGAGUAAAUAUAUUGUCCGUGUCGUGGCACAAAUUAACAGACACAAUCACCGUUUAAGCGAGCACUUGUUCAAGUCGUACUCAGAGAGUCGUGUAGUGAUUGAUGAUGAAUUAACGCUCCCGAAUUCGCAAAACCGGCUGAAGGAAGAGCACGCUAUCACAGUACCUGCCACUACUUCGGCUGCAUCAAUUGAGCAACCGAUCGAUACCACCUUACACCAAGAUUUAGAAGAUCAGACUUUGAAGACAAACGUUGCAGCGCUUUUUCAAACUUCAGGGCUCGAGCUUAUGUCCGCUAUUCCUCGUGCUAAGAUUCGUCUGGGCUGGAUUGGAACGGGAACUAUGGGUGCUAGUAUGUGCGGACAUUUAAUUAAUCACGGCUAUGAGAUUACUGUUUACAAUCGAACGUUAUCAAAGUGCGAUGGGUUGCGGGAAAUGGGAGCAAGAGUGGCUGGAUCUCCUGCUGAAGUCGCUCAAAAUUCAGAUAUUGUUUUUAUUAUGGUGGGGUAUCCAAGGGAUGUAAAGUCGGUGGUGUUGGACGCAGACUCAGGUUUGCUCUCGCGAAUGAAGACAGGAAGCAUUAUUGUGGACAUGACGACCAGCUCACCUGCCUUAGCGAAAAAAAUCUAUGAUGUGGCUAAACUGAAGGGCGUUCUAACGCUUGAUGCACCUGUUUCCGGAGGGGAUGUCAGCGCUCGUGACGCCACACUAUCUAUAAUGGUGGGUGGCGAUCUCGAAUCCGUCUAUGUCACGAUGCCUUUUCUUAGUAUAAUGGGCAAGUCCGUUCAACAUAUGGGACCCGCUGGCGCAGGGCAACACACAAAAAUGAUGAACCAAAUUCUGAUUGCCACUAGUAUGAUUGGAGUGGUAGAAAGUCUUUUGUACGCAAAAAAAUGUGGUCUUGACAUGGACGAAGCCAUUCGUGCUGUCAGUGCUGGUGUGGCAGGGUCUUGGUCGAUCAGUAAAAUGGGUCCGCGAAUUCUGAAGCGAGACUUUGAUCCGGGUUUUUUCGUAGAGCAUUUCUUAAAGGACAUGGGCAUCGCAUUGAAAGAGGCAGAAAGAAUGGAGUUAUCGCUUCCUGGGCUUUCGCUGGCGCAUCAGCUCUAUGUUGCUGUAAAGGCGCAAGGACACGGUAGAUUGGGAACCCAGGCAUUGAUGCUUGCUUUGGAGCAUCUGAAUGGUAUUUAUUCGGAAAAAGACAACAACGUAGAAGUGGUGUAA